CCAGCACAAGCACAGCCGAUUUUAAUUUCACAGCAAAUAACAAACGAUUACUAGCCUGAAUGAGUGACGUAACAACUUUGUGUCGUCUAACAAACACAAACGUCAGGCAAAGCAUUCACGUCAGGCAGGAGGAGAUCAGUCUUUAAACUCUCUUCUUUAUUAAGGUGGAGGCUGGACGUCGCUCUCUCUGACUGUAUAUAAAUGAGAUCGGAUGACAGCUCAGUGUUGAUUUUGCGGUUGACGGUCAGCCAUGCGUCUGCGGUGGCUCCUUUUUUUUCUGGCCUCAGUAGGGUGUGUGUCUGCUAAUGCAAACUGCAGCUAUGAGGCACUGACUGAAUAUCUCGGAUUAAAUGAUAACAAUGUUAAAUUGACGUCCCUGCGGCCUGUGGAUAACUGGAAGAAUUACAUCACGGUUUUUAUAGACCUGUUUGUGACCUCCAUCACAGAAGUGAAUGAAAAAGCCCAGAGCAUCACAACACAAGUUACACUUGCACAUGGUUGGGGCAAUGACUUCACAACAUGGAAACCCGAUGACUUCUGUGGGAUGACCGCCUGUACGGUUAAAAAGGACAUGGUUUGGACUCCAGACAUUGUCAUUGCUGAAAGCAUCAAGACAGAUAUUGCAACGAUGGAGAACAUGUUUGUGCGUCUGGAGAGUCGAGGUGUUGUCCUCACAACUAACACCCUGGCUGUGACCUCGGCCUGCAAGAUGGACCUGCACCUGUUUCCCUUCGACACACAAAGCUGCACCCUCACCAUUAUGUCUUCAAUGCAUUCAAAGGAUCAGCUUCAAAUCAGGCCAUUCUCAGAUGCUUCAUUCCUGACACAAAGCUCCCAGAAUGCCUUUCAGACUCAAGGAGAAUGGGAACUGCUCAAUAUCAACAUGUCUAAUAACCAGAUUAACUUUAUAGGAGACCUACGCGAUCAGCUGAUAUUUCAGAUCACGAUCAAGAGGAAACCUGUUCUGUACGUCAUUGACUUCAUAAUGCCGGUGUUCUGCUUCCUUAUUCUGGAUUUGGCCUCCUUCUUCGUCAGUUCGGGUGUAAAAGAGAAGCUGGGCUUUAAAGUGACUUUGCUUCUGGCUAUUUCUGUGUUACUGCUGCUGCUUAAAGACAUGCUGCCCUCUACUGCCAGCGACGUGCCACUGAUCGGGAUGUAUUGUGUUAUCAUCUUCACUCUCAUUGGCAUCAGUGUUUUGGAGACCAUUUUUGUGAGUUUUCUGAUGGGUAAAGGAAACAAGAGCGCUUCAGUCGCACCCCUGCAAAGCAAAUCCGCUCUUUCUGAUGCUGUGAAGAACACAGAAGGCCCUGCAGACUCAGUUUCAGACAGGAAUGAAGCGCCGCCGCUCACUGCUGAUGCUCUCAGGCAGAUCUUCAUGGAGUUUCAGGUCCAGAAUCAGCAGGAGAAGAAAAGCCUGAGCUGGACCAGAGUGGCUAAAAUCAUUGAUCUUGUCUUUUUUCUCAUGUAUGCAACCACUGUCCUUAUGUUUCUGAUAGUGCUGUCCAUCGCUUGGUUCCCAUGAGGAAACAUUUACACAUUUUCUCUGUUCCCUGGGUGUAUAAUAGGGCGCUAAAUGUUUUGCUUGUCUAGAAAAAAAACUUCUUGAUUUAAGAGUUUUAACAUAUUUGCGCUAGAAACAAGACAAAAUAAUGUACACAAGAAUUAUUAUUAUUAUUUUUUUUGCAAUGUAUAGAUUAUGUGUGAGAGUUAUCAAAAAUAUUAAAACUAUAAUGAUUAAGCAGUUCUGGGGUUUCAUUUUUGGUUGACAAAUAUUUUAUUGUAAAAGAAAGUG